AUGGAGGGCAUUACAGCUCAGUUUGACAUAGCUUUUGACAGAAGAAAUACUAGAUCUACCUCAGGUAUAGUCGUUCGAGACCAUAUGGGAGAUUUAAAAGCCUCAAAGACAGUUAUACAUGAGGAUAUCCCCACCCCGUUAGCAGCAGAAGCCCUCGCAGGAUUAGAUGCCAUGAAGUUAGUAAUAGAAAUGGGGUUAACAAAAGUAAUAAUAGAAGGGGAUUCGAAAACAGUCAUUCAAAAAUGCCAAAUGACAGAAAUGGCCAAGUCGCUUCUUGGAGUGAUUAUAUAUGACAUUCAGAUCAGGAAAUCCAGGGUUCAAGAAGUUACUUUCAAGUUUAUCCAUAGAACAAUGAAUAUUCAAGCAUACAAUCUAGCAAAAGCGGCGUUAAUGAGAAUGAAGGACACAUACCUGGGAGGGGAAACGACGAUCCACAGAGUAGCAGAUCCAAAGGGGAGAUGGAGAGAACCUCCAGAUUGA